CUGCAAAAAAUCCUGGAUCUGCUCUGCUCCUUCCUUCCUUCCGUCGGCUACUCUUGCUUGUGGGUGCGAAUUUCUCUGAUUUUUCGAUUUCUUGAUUUUUCCCCUGCACUUCCGUCGGCCUCCCCCAACCUCCAGCUCCAGUUUUGCUGGGAAAAUUCUGGUGCUGUUAUGGCUUAGAGCACUGGGACUGAGUCCUCAGUUUAUGCGAUUGAGGUAAGUAAAUUAUGGUAACGCCCUUCGAUUUCGAAGUAUGUUUUAAAUUGUUUUUGAGAUGGUGACAAAGUUUAUAUUGAUUUUAUUAGCACCAAGUAUGAUUGGUUUGAAAUGGAAUUUUUAUCAUUUUCAUUGAAUUGAACAUGCCUACUUGGAAUUUACUUAACUACCUGAUGAACUGAGAAUUUUAUAAAUUUUGAUUUUUUUGUUAAAUCCAUGCCCGCAUGAAAAUUUUCUGAUUUAUUUCUGAAAUUUGAGAUUGAUUGUGAAUUAUGAUUUUCGUGUUAACUUCUGCCUGUUUGGUCUCCGAUAUGGUCAUGUUAUUCGUGUGCCUGCUAGUGGGAGGUUUAUAAACGCUAACACAUGUUGACAUGUUACUAAUAGAACCGGUUCGUUUCUAUUAUACUGUUAUCCUGCUAAUAGGAUUAUACGCUAGUAAAUCGUGUGCCUGCCAGUGAGAGGUUUAUAACACUGGUCAUGACCUAUAGAGGAGAUGUCUAUUUCAUUUUCGUACCCGUAUCUGUUUUUUGUGAUUAUACUUGUUGGCAUACUAUAAGUUUAAUUAAGGGCUAUCCAUAUUUACUUAUUGAGUUAUCUCAUAGUUUUUUCUUGUCCACCAUUUCAGGAAGCGAAGUCAAGGACGAGGAAAAACGAGGGGAGUGACGAGUUAGAAGACUAGCCAUCUUGUAAAUUAAACAUAGAUUUUAGAUAUAAAUCAUGAUCUUGUAAACUAGACUUUAUUUGGAGAUUUUAUGAUAUCAAAGUAAAUUUUAAAAUUUUAUGUUCAGAUUUUAUCGUAUCAGAUUGUGGUAUGAUAAAGUUCCGAGUUUUAU